GAUGGCAUCCACAGUUCAGCCUCGACCUCUCGAGAUUUCAUCCUCGCACUAUACGCCGAGUCGACUUGACUAAAGAGAUCGAAAGAAAGACUUUCCCAGGAUAUUUCCUUUCUCCUUCCCUCGUUACUACCGAUCCUCUUUCGGCUUCAGUGUUAUUGCUCAUUGAUUUUGUGCUUCCUCCUGUAAUUGUAUUUUUACUCCUUACUCCCGUUUAUCCGGUUCCUUCGUAAUCCCAGCUCGAUCGAUCGGAAUUUUUGAUCCUUUGUAUUUGGAAAUUCGCGUAUCGGUGCUCGUGAGAAUUUGGUUCGACGUCACUCUGCGGUAAUAUAUUUUUUUGCGCGUUUACGUAAAAGUGACAUAAGUGCUGUGAAAAGAGUGGUUAAACUUAACGUUGACGGAAUUUAAUCAUGUUUACGAUGAACUACUUACGAUAAGGACAAAUAGGGAUGGAUAUCCAUCUUGCAGAUGAGUGCUUUUUUCCAAGUGAUACUUGCAAGCUGAAAGCGAGUGUUUGGCAUUCAGUGAAAAUGAGUACCGCUAUCGAUAACGGUGUGGACGCUUCGAAAGCUCAAGGUGCGUUCUUGAGAGCUUUUACAAAACGCGUACAGCCCUUCGAAGAAGCCCUCAAGAGUCUGAACUGCCUGAACAAGGAAGGUGAAGUACUUGCUCUCGAGGAUGACGUCACAACGCACCCCACCCUGGCCUUGAUGCGCCGCAUCCUUGCAGAUGCUCAGACCAAACUUCGCGUGAUGGUGGAGGAGAACGCAGCAACCGGCGCCCGUUUGGACGGGGAGCUCGAACGUGCCAAAGGAGAAUGCGCAUCCUUACGCGGGGAGCUCAGGGAUGUUCGGGGUGCGUUGGCAUUGAACAACAACGGAAGCAGCAAUGUGAACAGCAACCCCAACAGCUCGUCAACAUCCGGUACCAGUGGUAACAACCUGAAUCCGUCGCACGAUGUCGAAUCUCAGCUACAGGAAGAUCUGAAGAGACUCAGUGCUGGUAGCAGUCCUGUCGACAAGCGGAGUUCAGCUAGUGACAAGUCUGCAAGUCCCAUUGAUAAGAGAUCCAGUCCGGUUGAUAAGAAAGACAGAUCGAGUCCUAUCGACAGGAAAGCCAGUCCUAUAGAAAGACGCAAUGGAUCUCCUUGUAGAAGUCCCAGUGAAAAGGCUCGAAGAUCUUAUGCUACGGCUUUGGAAAAAACAAGGUUGGGCUCAGCAGGGAGCGUAGACUCCAGGUCGGGAAGUGCCAGUCCUGACAGGGGUACUUCUAGUCGUGGACCUUAUUUAUAUCGUGGGAGCAGCGACCGGUCCAGUAUCGAGAGGCUGCGUAUUUCUACAAAUAGGGAUUCCAUUCGUUCCUCGAAGGAUGAGCACGAUAAGGAGAAUAAAGAUACUUUGGAUGGCGAUGUACGCCUCGAGGAAGACAACGAACCUCCGGGUCCUGCGCCAAGCAGCAGACCUUCAUCCCCAAGUAACUCACUUGGAAUUAUUGGGGAUCCUGUAGUGGCGUCCCGAUUGUCAAACAUUCAUGGAGGAAGCGGAAGUGGAAGCGGUAGCGGAUGCUCCGAUGAACUGGCCAGCGUUCGAAGAUUUCGUCUUCAGAAUGAACGACUUGUGGCGGAAGUAGCGAGAUUGAGGAGGCUUCUCUUCACUGGAGCCGCGCGCGGUGAAGUCGGCGCAGAGGAUGCGGUUCUCGAAGAAGAAGCUCGCGUUGUUGCCCUGGAGAUGGAACUUCAGCACGCCAGGGAGGCACUGCAAGCGCUGAAAGCAGAUCGGAAGAGACUCAAAGCUGAAAAAUUCGACCUGCUCAACCAGAUGAAGGCACUUUACGGUACUCUGGAGGACAAGGAACGCGAGCUACGAGAUUUUAUACGCAAUUACGAACAGCGGAUGAGAGAAAACGAAGCUACACUGGGUCGCCUUCAGCAGCAGGGCACAGGAACAUCCACGGAGGAACGUGAGCGGGAACGUGAGCGAGAACGUUGGAGUCUUUUGAGAGCAGCCAGAGACGAAGCUGACAGAAGUCUCAGUUUGGCUGCAAGUCUGGCUGACAAAGAAGCCGCGUUAUCCCAUGCUCACGCUACUAUCAAAGAACUCCAACGUCAGUUAGCUGAGAGAGGAGUCGGCGGCUGUCUGAGCGAUCAGGAAUCCCUGGUCUCUUUUCCUCAUGGCAGCAUAAACGGAGCAGCUACACCGGGAGCUGGUAGCAGCAGCGGCGGCGGUGGCGGAGGUAUCAUACCUCAUUUCUCCCAGCAACCCCUAGGAAGUACCGAGCUCAGCGUAGGAGUAGUUGGAGGAAGUGCAGCGGUCAACACUGUCGGUGGUCAAAGUGGCGAUCGUGGUAGCUGCAGCGCGGAUAGCGGAGUACGUGGUUCCAGUGAUCGUGAGAGUGGUGGAGCCACCAGCGUUGGUGGGAAUUUAUCAGAUUCGACGACGGACGGCACGCCUACUAUAACGGUUGAAGGGAGUGGUCUCGACAUGGACAGCAUCUCCGUGGUUUCUUCUGUUGCACCACCCCACAUGUAUCAAUCUGCAACCACGCCGAAGGACUGCAGUCCUACGUUAUCUCCGCUGAAUGCAUUCUCGAGAUCGAUGGACAACUCGUCCCUCUCACGUUCUGUAGAACAAUUGUCUAGUCCUUUGGAUUCUGAACCCAGAAGAAAUAAACAGCCACCACCUGUCGUCGUACCUUCAGCACAUUCUAGAUCCUCGGCAACGCGUGGUGGCACCUGGGGAUCCAUUUCUAGGGUGUUUGCACGAACACGACAUCGGAAGGCAGCCAGCAACAAUUCAGCAGGCGGAAGUGGCGGAAACGAAGGCACGGAAGGCUUCGAUCCUUAUAGAUCCUGGUCUCCUCUCACCGAGGAAGGUUAUGCUGAAAAACUUCGUUUACUCAGGGAAGCAGCUUCGGUCCCUAUGGAACGAUGGCGUGCGCCUACCGUAUUAGCCUGGUUGGAAGUCGCCCUGGGAAUGCCUCAGUACGGUCCACGUUGUGCAGAAAACGUGAAGUCUGGAAAGGUACUGCUGGAACUGAGCGAUGCUGAGCUAGAGGCGGGACUGGGCGUUUCUCAUCCUCUUCAUAGGAAGAAACUCAGAUUGGCCAUUGAAGAACACCGGCAUCCCAGUCUCGUUCGAUAUCCUUGCAUUGCUCAGCUGGGUCACACUUGGGUGAGUUCUGAAUGGCUGCCUGACUUGGGUCUGGGUCAAUACUCAGAAAGUUUCGCUACGAAUAUGGUCGAUGCGAGAAUGCUGGAUCACCUCAGUAAAAAGGAACUUGAGAAACUCCUAGGUGUCACCCGGAAAUUCCAUCAAGCCAGCAUCGUGCACGGAAUACACCUACUGAGAAUGCUCAACUAUGAUCGCCAGGCUCUUGCCGUUAGAAGGCACCAGUGCGAACAGGUCGAUGCUGAUCCUUUGGUUUGGACUAAUCAGAGAUUCAUUCGCUGGGCGCGAAAUAUCGAUUUGACUGAAUACGCAGAGAACUUAAAAGACUCAGGAGUGCACGGUGCUCUAGUUGUCUUAGAGCCCUCAUUCACGGGUGACACAAUGGCCACCGCCCUGGGAAUUCCUCCUGCGAAACACAUGAUAAGACGACAUCUCACUGCUGAAUUAGAAGCUCUUGUUCUCCCCGCAAGAGGACAGCUGGAAAUCGUCCCCAGGAACAGCGGCGGAAGUCGUCCAGUCAGUACCGUGAGUGCAGGCGGAAGUCUUGGCCGUGGAAAUCGAGGACUUCAUCUGCAGCACCACCAGAGUUCGCUGUCAGCACUUCACAUGGCUGCAAAUCACAGUAACACAGUCGAUAGGCGGCGAUCCAGUCUCAGGUUGUCGUGGAGGAGUUCUCAGGGGUCGCUGAGCCGCGCCUUUGGUCUUCGUCCAAGAAGCGAAAAGGCGUCACCGUCCUCUUCAUCGGAUACCGGAAGCUUGGCAAGUCAGUGCCAGUAUAUGAGCAGCGUUCGCAGUAACUCACCGCCGCCGCCUCAGUUACCGCCGCGUCCAGCAGCCAAUAAGAGACAUCGACGUGUCAAGAGCAUUGGUGACAUAGAGUAUAUGAGCACUGCAGCUGUGAGCACACCUGUCUGACAAGAGGAUAGGGCCCAUCAUGGGGGGCCCUAUCGCAGUCUCAGCGAACGUGGAUACUCGUCCUCUCAUUCAUCUCAAUACGGCUCUUAUUCCGGUUACAGUAAUCUUAGCGGUGAUUAUUAUCAAUAUCGCUCGCCUGGCAAUUAUUAUCAACUGCAGAGCGGUUAUUAUUCGCCGCAGAACACGGAACUGCCGUUUCCAGGAGUACAGAGAUACGGAAGUCUCGCUGAGGAAGCUUGGCAGUCUACGAAGGAGGACGCAGCCAUUGCUAAAAUCAACUCGAGAACCUAUUUAGCAUAAUUUUAGUAAUUUCUUUUAUAAUUUAUAUCAUGCCGAACUUCCUACACUCCGUGUAUACUUAGCUUGUAUGUAUUUUCGAGUAUUCGUUUGUUCGUUGUCGACUUGCGAAACUCUGUGAACAAUACAUUCCGUUAGAUGCUGACAGACAGACGAGAGUCUCAUGACAAUUAUUCAUCAUUGGAUUUUUCUUAUCGUUAUGGCAGAUGUAUUGCCAAGUCAUUUUUAUUAUUAAUUGAAGCAAGUAAUUGAGGAAAUUUAUUUUUGUUUUAUUGUCUAUUUGUAAUUGGUCAGAUUUUAUUCUGAUAUCUCUGUUCGCUCUCUGUAUACAGUGUUUUUCUUAGGGGACUUAUAAAUUAUGAAUUUUAGGAAUACUAUGUGCGGUAUUAAGUUGGGACCUUAGCGUCAAGAAAUUUUUAAUUGUAUUAGAUCUUGAAGAAAAGAUUGGGUAAAAACGUUUAACAGUUUAUACUUUUUAGAUGCCAUGGUAUCUAACCCAAGAAGUCUUUGUCCGAUACGGUUCAGCCUAACGUAAAGGGCAAUUAUUUUUCGGCUUUUAAUUGCUAAAACGUGUAUUUUUAAACGUGCUCAUAUCAUGGACAAACAUUUUUAUAGUCGUAGCGACUGUCGAGCUGAGAAACAUAUUAAGGAUUUAUUGCCGUGGUAAAAAAUUGCCGGAAAUUAAUCUUGGGAUGCACUUGUGGUGGAUUUAUUGGAUUGCAUUCAUUAAAAACGUAGAUGCCAUUUAUUAUAAUUUAUUAUACCUGCUUGAAUCGGGUCUGUACGAACGGUUUUCAGCUUGUUGUCAGAUAAUAAGCUUCUUUUGUUCAUACACCAAUUAAAAUAUGUUUAAUGAAUAAAAGAUGAACGUCGAUAGAUAAUAAUGAACGAUACUAUGGAAAAACGCACAGCUGCUACUCCUAUUCCAUAAAAAUUUAAAAACCAAAUACAAUCGACUUUAACGAAUGAUGAUAUGCGAAGCGAAUAUAAUUGAUAAUUUUGUAAAUAAUAUUUAACUCGAUAUUUAUUCUGUAAUGAUUAAUUUGUCAAUAUUUAUACGUAUUUACUCGAAUUUCAUUAGUUCGAUUAUAAUGAUCUGGACCACUUAUGCGGAAUGCCGAAAUAGUAUUAUCACCAUUUUACAAAGUAAAUGGUAGGAUUAAUACGCAAAGUAUUGUAUUUUCAUGUACCUAAGUAAUUUAUUUUAAUAAAUUAAUUUAGGUUUAACUUAUUUAUUCAAGCAUCGAACUGAUAAUUUACAUUUUUUACGUCCAAUUAUUGACGACGUAGCUUAUACAAUUAUCCUCAUGGACAGUCAUCCCAUAUAAUUCAUUUGAGUGUGUCAAAUCAUAAUGAAGCGCGCAACCAGAUAUUUCAAAAAACGACAAUGUAAAUGUGCUCAGUACAGAAUGUACAUAUAUAUAUUUGUGUGAGCUGUAUCAAAUAAUAAUUGAGAAAAUAAACUAAUUUCCUUCA